GUUCGACAUGAGCGAUGGUUUCCGAUUGCUUGAAAACCAUGGCGUACUGAAAGCAAACAAACAUGAGAAAUUUCUUGAAGGCCUUGUCAACUACACAUGGAUCCUGCAGACCUCCCUGGAAAAUAUUAUUUUUUGGAACAGAUCGAUUCGCUGUCCAUCCACUGAAGGCUUUGCAUGAAAAUCAGAGAAGUUCAGGCUCAGUUGUAAAACGGAUUGAUGUUGUGUGUCCACCAGACAGACGCAAAGUGAUGAAGAAACCUUUGAAUGAAGAUGAUUCUACAAGAGAAUUUAGCAACAAACAUAAUAUUCCUAUUUAUUAUUGGAAUCACAAGGAAGGCUGGGACCUUAAUCAAGGGCCACCUGGUCCAUAUGACAUUGCAGUUGUUGCAUCCUUUGGCUACUUAAUACCUAACCAUGUUCUGGACAUGUUUCCGUGUGGUGCUAUAAACAUUCACCCAUCUCUCCUGCCGCAGUGGAAAGGAGCUGCGCCAAUGUCACAUGCAAUAUUAAGUGGAGCAAAGGAGACAGGGAUAUCCAUAGUUGAAGUAUCCAGAGACAGAUUUGAUGCUGGGCAGUGCUUACUUCAAGAAACAUUUAAGAUUUCAGAGGAUGUUAUGUACGAUGACCUUUCGAAUCAACUUGCAACACUUGGCACACAAAUGCUGAUGCAUGCUCUAGAGAAUUUAGAGUCUUUGCGCAAAAAUCCCAUACAGCGGGGAAAGAUGAAAGCCAGCUGGGCCCAUCGUCUGACUAAAGAGGACGGUUACAUUGACUGGACAGAUCACACUUGGUCUUAUAUCAGGAGGCGAUGGAAUGCUCUCUCUACCAGAGUUGGAGUUCAGACAAGCUGGGAAGGCAAAAAGGUCAAGUUAAUCAAAAUGUCUAAGGAGUGUCUUCAGUUAACAGCUGAAGAUACUGUGUCAACAAUUCCAGGGGAAGUGAAGUAUGAUAGAGAUCGUGAUGCCCUGUACAUUAGAUGUCGGGACGGUUGGGUUGGAAUAACAGAGCUACAGUUUGAAACCAAGACAGUCAUUACUGCUAAAGACUUUGCAAACGCAUAUCUUCAUGAAUCAGUUCGGAAUCCUUUGAAAUUGUGUUUUCAAAGUCUUCCGUGGAAAGAAAAAUGACUAUGCGCUCAAAAUAUUUGAUUUGUUAUCAAACGUACAUCUGACAUUGAAUUUUGGGCAGGUGUCGACGACAGCAGUGAGCUUUCAGCAUGGAGGCGGGUCGUUUGUAACCAUACUGGACAUUGCCUGAAAUGCAAUUCCUUCCGUACUGAUAACGGCCUAUCUCGAAAUGUAUUUAUCGAGCGUAACUUGCUGACUGUUGGUAGGUCGCAGGAAACAGGUCAUGGUCGCACAUAAUAAGCAUUAAUUAUUGCAGAAGAAAAGAAUUGCUAAAUUAAACCUACUCGUCUCUUGUCCAACAACGCUACACUUUUGAUGUUUCGUUCCUAUUUUUUUACUGUUUAAGUAGUACUGUUUUAUCCCCUAUAUCCAACUUGUGCCCAUCCCACUCAUCCCCAAGCUCCCCCAACCCCACAACUCCCGCUGUAGAACAUUUCUUUUCCUGUUUCCAUCUUUCCCUGCCUCACUCGUUAAACUUUUCAUCAUGUUUUUAACUAGUUUUAAACUUGUAUUAUUAGUAUCUGGAGAUUAGAAAGCCUGGAGACUCCAUACGUAACUAAUGCAUAUCUUUGAAAGGCAACAAUUUUUACUCAUCGCUCUUAAUGAUAAAAAAAAAUUUUACUUUGAGCAAGAACAGAUAACUAAGUGAGUUCAGCGUGAACGCUUUGGCAAAUCAAACUUUCGUCAUUUUCGAUUUGGUUGAGCUUCCGAGGUGAACAGUGACUGUUUGAUUUCCUCCGGGAAAGUACAUGUUUAACUGUUUUAUUUUCAGAGCUAAGAAAAUGUUUGAUGACUUUCCUCGACUUGGCGUAGUCAUCUGGAAAAAGGAAAGCUGUUACUGUGCGCAUUCAGCUUUUUAUCAACAGCGCUUGCAUUGUAUUCCCCCUUUCAUGAAGAAUGUAUUAUUCCCUUCUUGACGAGAGGAAAUGAAAAUUAACUUACAGUUGUCGUUGGUAAAUUCCAGGGGACUAAAAGUAGCCGUAAGGUAAGCUGUGUGCAUUCCAUUUUGUAGCCAGCACCCCUAUCAUUACAGUUUAUUUCACUUUUGGUAAAACGCUAUUCUAACUCCAAAGUGAGAUAAAGUUAUCCGUUCGUUUCUGUGCAUAGAAAUAAAAAUAGAAUCAUUUUUGUCGCUGACUCUGGUGUGAGGGCUAGCCUUGCAUUGACGUCGAGGCCAAAAUAAUAAUUUGGAAUUAAAUGCCGGUGGUGGGUGGGGGGGAUGCGCUGGUGUCUGAUCAAACUCCCAAGGGAUGUCACGUAACUCUCGCUCUCAAGAACGGUUGCGAAUGAGACUGGACUAGAAAUGGGUUAUUCUCUACCAUAUUUUAUAAUCACAGGAAUUCAAAGAUUCGAUUUGAAUAUAUAUGUUUUUUUUUUUGGUCACUUAGCUCUACCUCCAACAAGAUAUAUACAGAAGUAACAAAAUUCGGCACCGCUGCAUUCAAACUUAAAAACAAUUUUGCCGAAAGUGGACGUACGAGUGUCUCGGGCGAUACCGAUGAAUAUCACCCGACUGUCUGAUUCUGAAAAGAAUCAUGUUUGUCACUUAUCUUUAUAUUCAACAAAAGAUCAAAUCAGGGUAAUAAAUGAAACAUUCCUUGAUGAAAUGUUUCUUAAACAGCUGAAACCAACUAUUGCUGCUUUUACACGUUACUGAUUAGUCGAGCUUUAUGUCAAUAACUCCUGCAUUCUAAUUGAUUCUUAUCUGAGUAACUAGGAAGUUUUCACCCAACUAAUCUGGCCUCGUUUCAUUUGUUUUGACACUGCCCAACAGUUAAAAAAGUCACCACGAUUUACCUAUCAACGUGAUCAAUCACAUAUGGCCCAAGCGUACUGUGCAUGAUUUUGGGGCUUAAAGGUCAUUUACGGGAAUACCUAACAUAUUAAGAUUGAAUUUUAAGCGUAAGCCUUGGCAAAAUUUUGUCGCGUUUGUUCAUGACUACGGUUCAACGGUUGUUCCUUUGUCGGCCAUUUUGAGGUUUAACCCAGAGUCACUUUUCAAGGCUUGCGUUCGGCCGGAAGCAAAUUAUCUUUUGGCUUUGUAAUUUCUAUUUCUGAAAAGUCACUUUUAAC